AAUAAGAGUUGCUGAGUGGCGGCGAUGCGUCACGUGAGUUUCCCGGGCCGGUCUGCAGUGGUGCGGUCCCUACUACGGUUGCCCGAGCCAGAGGCUGCGCUUCCACGGCUGCUCAGCGCCAUGUCCCACCAGACCGGCAUCCAAGCUAGUGAAGAUGUCAAAGAGACUUUUGCAAGAGCCCGAAAUGGACAAUACAGAUUGUUAAAAAUAGUUAUUGAAAAUGAAAUGCUUAUUGUGGGAUCUGAUAAACAACCUGGUGAAUCCUGGGAAAAGGACUACGAUUUCUUUGUCCUCCCACUCCUUGAAGACAAGCAGCCAUGUUACAUAUUGUACAGAUUAGAUUCUCAAAAUGCCCAAGGAUAUGAAUGGAUCUUUAUUGCCUGGUCCCCAGAUCAUUCUCCUGUUCGUCAAAAAAUGUUGUAUGCAGCUACUCGAGCUACUUUGAAGAAAGAAUUUGGAGGCGGACAUAUUAAAGAUGAAGUGUUUGGAACAAACAAGGAUGAUGUUUCUUUGAAUGGAUAUCAAAAGUAUUUGGUAACUCAGUGUUCUCCUGCCCCUCUGACUGCAGCAGAAGAAGAACUUAGGCAAAUCAAGAUUAAUGAGGUACAAACUGAAGUCAGUGUUGAUACAAAACAUCAGACUCUACAAGGGGUAGCAUUUCCGAUAGCAAAAGAAGCACUCCAGGCACUGGAGGAACUGAAAAAUAAACAGCUGAACUAUGUGCAAUUGCAAAUUGAUAUGAAAAAUGAAAUGAUUGUCCUGGCUAGCACGCUCUCAACUGAACUGAAAGACUUACCAAAAAGGAUUCCUAAGGAUUCUGCACGUUACCAUUUUUUCCUCUACAAACAUUCCCAUGAAGGAGACUACUUGGAAUCAAUAGUUUUUAUCUACUCUAUGCCUGGCUAUAUGUGUAGUAUACGAGAGCGGAUGUUAUAUUCUAGCUGUAAGAGCCCUCUCUUGGACAUCGCAGAAGGACAGCUGUGGAUGCAGAUCAUCCGAAAAAUUGAAAUAGAUGAUGGAGAUGAGAUAACUGCUGACUUCCUUUAUGAAGAAGUCCAUCCUAAACAACACGCGCACAAACAGAGUUUUGCUAAGCCGAAAGGACCUGCAGGGAAAAGGGGAAUCCGAAGGUUGAUCAGGGGCCCAGCUGAAAGUGAAACACCUACCGACUAAAUUCAGCAAGGGCACCAGGAACAAAAACAUUCUGACAGUCUUCACUAAUGAAUUGAAAGCAUUCCGCACUGAUCUUUUCCGGGGUGGGGGGAGGAAUAUAUCUUGUUAUGUUUCCACUGCCCUAAUUUACCUACGUCACUUUAAAUUUUAUCAUCUCCAUGACUAAAACUAUAAGUUGAGAAACACACUCAUCUGAUGUUAUAUCGAAACCACAGAAUGCAUCCAUUAAUUCCUGUUAAAAUAUGCUCUUGCAUAGCUUGCAGUCAGUUUUGAUUGCUGAGUCUCACAUAGAGCUCUCGGUGACAUUUAUUUUUGCUAGUUUGACAAGAGCAUAUAAGAUAGGUAGACUAUGAAAUAAUUAUUUUAGUUGAUUCAUUUCCUAUCUGUCUUAGAGCCUCUUUACACAUUCAGACUUAUCUAGAGAUCUGCUCAAUUGUUUAUGGUAGGAUUUUUAAAUAAAUGUCUUCUCACA